AUGGGGCCUGAAGAGAUGGAAAUCUUCUUCAAACGCAUGUUUGCACUGCGUAUUCCCAAAGUCAUAAUUUUGUUGGUGCUGCUCAUCUCCUGGAUGGAGGACGGUGAUGGUGUGAAGGACAAUAUUGAAGUGAUAGAGUACUUCUCGGGGGUUGGUCGUGUAGCAAAACUGGCUGACCAUGUUGGAUACAAAGCUGACUUUAAGCGUGGUGCAACGUCCAGACCAGUUGCAGCACCUCUUCGUGGUGGCAAUGCCGUGCAGACCCAGGAGACCCAGGUGACUGCUGAUCCUUAUGCAGUUCCUGAUGGUGAUUCCAGCAAUAAAUUCCAGACCCCACCACAGGUUGCUCGUCAGCUCUCCUUUGCGUCUGGUUCUCUGGAAGGGCCACCUGAACCGGAGACAAAGGACAUGGACAUCCCACCCGUUCGGGACUUGGUAGCUCAGGUGUCUGUGGCUGCAACCAAAAAACGGGUUGCAAGGUUGAUGACACCUAAGCAGGAUGGGACCUUCAAGGUACCGGAGGAACUAGUGAAAGCAUGGAACUCUGGUGAACAAGACAGAUUGAUCCGAGAGUUUGUCGAUUGCGGGAUGGUCAAGGAGACUUUCGUCAAACGAAGCCUCAAGCGCAUCCGCGAGAAGACUGAUGAGAAGGAGAUGUGGGUCGGUGGAUCCUUUGUGUCGGAGGAUCACCUUCGUGAUGAACUCAAGCUUAAGGUCCAGGAUAAAGAGUAUCAAAGCUCAGUGCGAGAGGAAGUCUGGGUGGAUUCGGAUUCGUCUGACAUCGACAGCGAUGCUCUCAACAGUGAUCUAGAGGUGGAUGCCGAAUGGGGUCACAAAGAGGUCAAAAUGGAUGCAGAUGAAGCUGCCCUGACGGAGAGGGCUGAAAGCAACAUGACUGAAGCCCAAGCCUUGAAACAGAUUACCUUCCCCGAAAUGGAUGAUGAUGCUUUGCCAAGCAAUUUCAUUCCAAAGGUCCUAGCAUGUCUUGGCAAAUGGCAAUUGAAAAUGCACGACUUGGAAAACAACUUUUCGCACUGCGGCAACAAAUCUAUGCAACCGUUACUGGGUACUGCCAUGUGGUAA